AUGUUCCACAAACAUUUUGUUCUUUAUACUCGCUGGUCUCCCUCCUCACUGCUUCCACUCGCUUCUCUCCCUUGCUGCUUCCACUUGCUGCUCUCCCUCACUGCCUCCACUCGCUGCUCUCCCUCACUGCUUCCACUCGCUUCUCUCCCUCGCUGCAUCCACUGGCUGCUCACCCUCGCUUGCUGCUCACACCACACCAAACAUUUUGUUCUUUAUACUCGCUGGUCUCCCUCCUCACUGCUUCCACUCGCUGCUCUCCCUCGCUGCCUCCACUUGCUGCUCUCCCUCACUGCUUCCACUUGCUUCUCUCCCUUGCUGCCUCCACUUGCUGCUCUCCCUCGCUACUUCCACUCGCUGCCCUCUCUCACUGCCUCCACUUGCCGCCCUCCCUCGCUGCCUCCACUCACUGCCCUCCCUCGCUGCCUCCACUCGCUGCUCUCCCUCGCUGCAUCCACUCGCUUCUCUCCCUCGCUGCAUCCACUCGCUGCUCUCCCUCGCUUGCUGCUCACACCACACAGGUAUGCACUGUAG